AUGGAAGAGACCGCGGGGAAACAUGAGAGGGAAGAGACCGUGGGGAAACAUGAGAGGGAAGAGACCGCGGGGAAACAUGAGAGGGAAGAGACCGCGGGGAAACAUGAGAGGGAAGAGACCGCGGGGAAACAUGAGAGGGAAGAGACCGUGGGGAAACAUGAGAGGGAAGAGACCGCGGGGAAACAUGAGAGGGAAGAGACCGCGGGGAAACAUGAGAGGGAAGAGACCGUGGGGAAACAUGAGAGGGAAGAGACCGCGGGGAAACAUGAGAGGGAAGAGACCGCGGGGAAACAUGAGAGGGAAGAGACCGCGGGGAAACAUGAGAGGGAAGAGACCGUGGGGAAACAUGAGAGGGAAGAGACCGCGGGGAAACAUGAGAGGGAAGAGACCGCGGGGAAACAUGAGAUGGAAGAGACCGUGGGGAAACAUGAGAGGGAAGAGACCGCGGGGAAACAUGAGAGGGAAGAGACCGCGGGGAAACAUGAGAGGGAAGAGACCGCGGGGAAACAUGAGAGGGAAGAGACCGCGGGGAAACAUGAGAGGGAAGAGACCGCGGGGAAACAUGAGAGGGAAGAGACCGCGGGGAAACAUGAGAGGGAAGAGGUUGGCAGUCUGAGAUAG